AUGGCAAUACUUCAUCGACUCGAUUUGCAAGCUGAAAUCAGCGAACGUAUUGCGAAAGGACACUACUUUUGUGAAGAAGACCCGUGCAAGUGUCGUCAACAAGUUUUGGACGAACUGAAAUAUGCAAUAUUCUCGCACAGAUGGGAUUCCGACGAAUUAGUCUUCGACCACUUUAUGAUGCUCGAAGGACCGCCUCCCAGCAAGAAUAAAAUUUCUGUGGCCAAGAAAAAGUCCAUUACCUGGGCCAUCGAGACUUUGAUGGCAAGCGAAACGCCACCCACGGGCACAUUACUCGACAAAUUGUCCACAAUCAAAGGAGAGACAUCUUCGGGAUCCAUCGGCAAGCUCCUCCACUUUCGAAGCAAGUCAAUGGACAAAGAUUGCAAGUAUGGUUGGGCUGACACCGUAUGCAUCAACAAAACAAGCAGUGCAGAGUUAGACGAGUCUCUCCGGUCCAUGUAUGCAUGGUAUAGAGACUCCCAUGUAUGCAUUGUGUGGUUGAGUGAAACGGACCACGUUUCGCAAAUGGAAAGAGAUCCGUGGUUCACGAGGGGAUGGACGCUUCAAGAACUCCUUGCGCCAAAACGAGUGGCAUUCUACGCAAGGUUUUGGGCUCAAAUAACGAAGUCCGACAGCGACAAACUUGAAGACAAGAAGAAACUGGAAGCUGAGGAAGCGGACGAGGAGACGGAGAACACGGAAGCAGCACUCUGGCCAACAAUCUCGGAAAUUACCGGAAUCCCGCUCGAAGAUUUACUCGAUUUCAAACCAGGCCCAUUCGACAUUGGAAAGAGACUUAGCUGGGCUUCCAAAAGAAGGACGACCAGAGUUGAAGAUCAGGCGUAUUGUCUGAUUGGUAUAUUCAAUGUUGUCCUUCCAAUCGCAUAUGGAGAACACGAUCGGGCCUUUUAUCGACUUCAGGCAGAACUGGUCCAAAGCUGCAACGAUAAAAGUAUCUUUGGCUGGAAAGAGAAAGCAUCACAAUAUAACAGUAUGCUGGCAGCAGCGCCACCAAACUUUAGUGAGGUAACACCCCCGGUCGAGGACGUUCAAGACUCCGAUCCAAUCCUCUCGAUGACGAAUAUUGGGCUGCGUAUGCCUGUGUUGCUGCUCAAAAUCAAAGAACCGGGCGUUCCGGAGGCGUGGAAGUUACCGGGCGCAGAAUCGGUCGCCAUCAUUGGGAAGUUGAAAGGAACUGGGAAGCACUUGGUGGUAGUAUUGGCAAGGGAAGAGGUGGAUCGACAGUAUCGACGAUUGGACAUGUUGAAAGUGAAGAUUACCGGUGUUACUGUUCCCAAGAAACCCGAAGUGAUCUAUAUCAAGUAG